ACACGUGAGAGGCAAACACUGUAGUUUAGCCGCAAGAAUCUCGUCCCCUGUUUUAUUAUUACAAGGUCAACUUCUGGUCUCUCUCUCUAUUCACUUCUAAAUUUUACUUAUUAAUCAUUCAAUUAGAUAUUAAUCUCCUUAUUUAGUAGAUUCUGAUUUCAAAUCUAAACCAAUAAAUAAUUCAACAAACGUAACUUCAUAUUUUCAAAAUAUUAAUUAUAAAAAAUGAAAAACCUCGGUUUGAUGAUCACACACCUCACAUAGAAGCUUCUUUCUUAUUCUUCACUUAUAAAUCUUAGUUAAACUCAUCACUUAAACUCACGACUAGCAAUGGCGUCGAUCACCUGUUCCUCCGAUCAACGUCUCCCAACAAGCAAGAGACGUUUAAAGCCGUUGAUAUUAAGAGACUACUUAUUACUCGAUGAUCUCAGCUCUUGUUCAUCCAACGGCUUCAAAUCAUUCCCACGUCGUCAACCUCUUCCUUCCUCUUCAUCUUCCACCGUUCGUCGUCUCCUUGACGCCGAGAUGAAACUGUCAGGGUUGAUCCACAAGCCGCGUCUCACUAGAAGAAGCCGUACGACUUGCGGAACGGCGAUCAGUAACGCCGUCCAUAAAGCUUCUACGGCGUUUCUUAACGCCGUUAAACUUAUACCGUUCCAUGCAACCGCUACGUUAGGAAAGGGAGAUGAGAAACAACAAGGCGGUUUCUCUGGAAGCUUCUCUAAAAGACGCUUCUGGGGAAAACCGGUAAGUCAAUCUCGCCGUGAAGUUACCGUCAUUGACGUCGGAGAUGGAGAGAUCCAAUGGUGGCGAUCCGCCGCGUUUUUCCCGGACGAAGAGAGUUUAGGACAACCGUCCGAUCUGUUUUCUCAAAUCUCCACCGUCGCCGACGAAGCGACAUUCUCAGUCUCUGAAGAUUCGGUGAUCACCACCACCGUGAACAUUAUCAUCGGUGGUGACUCGUCGAGUUCCGGUAGCGAGUUUUUCACGAACUCGUCGUCGUCGGAGAUUGUACAGUCAUCUUCUUCGUUGUUCUCUUCGACGUCGAACGGAAACGACGCCGUGGAAGACGGUGGUGAGAUCGGAGAGAGUUUAAACGCACGUGACUGUGACGGAUCAUCUGUCAACUGCGACAGCCUGUGCAACAGAAAGGAAUUUGUGAAUGAAGAAAAAGAACAACUCAGUCCAGUAUCAAUCUUGGAAUGCCCUUUUGAAGAUGAAAUAACUGGUCUUAUCUCCCACCAAAAUGAUACAUAUGAGAAAAAUGCAAGAAAAAGCAGGAGAGUAAAUGGUUUGGUACGGCUUGAGCCACUAGAAUUGGAGAAACGCAUAGAGAAGUAUGUCGAGCGAGAAGAAGAAGAGUAUUCAUAUCACGUGGUAGAAACCGAAGAGGACGAAUCAGAAAACCGAGCAAACCGCUUGUUUGCUCUUGUGAAGUCAAGAAUCGGCGAAACAAACAACAUACUAGCUUUUAAUGUAGCAAAUAAUCUAUUGUUAGAUUAUCCUCAAGAAGAUAACAUUGGGGCAAAAGAAGAGACAUUAAUGGUGAAGAAAGUAGAAGAUUGGGUGAUGGAUAGACAAGAAGAGAUGUUUAUGAGUUGGGAAGUGAGGGAGAAGAGAGAGGUUUAUGUGAAGGAAAUGAAAUGGGGUUGCAUUAAUGGAGAUGAGAAAGAGAAUGUGGUUGAAGAAUUGGCUAAUGGUUUCUUCACUUUCUUGGUGGAUGAAUUCAUCUUCGACUUAGUUUUGUGAUGAUGACUAAAGUUUUUUUUUUGGAGGUGGGGGGGUGGGAGAAAUUAAGAUUUUAACUUUUUAAAAGAUUAGAUGUCAUAAUGUAUUAGAUAUAUGUUAUCUCGGAAUAAAAAAUAUGUAGUUUGGCAUAAGGGGAAUGACUCGUAUGAAAAGCGUAUAGAUUUCACAGUGUAUUAGAAAUAAAACUAUUUGUAGUUUGGCAUAAGAAGAAUGAUUCGUAUAAAAUGCUUGUAGUCCAUGUUCAUUUUUUAAUUUUUAGUGUCUAGCCUCUAGAGUGAGUGUUAAAUCCAGAGUCAUGUGUUGUUUUGUUUUUCUAACUUUUAAUAUGAUCUCUCAAUCUGCUUACUUUUCAAAUGUCGAAAUAAAUUCCACAACACUUUUAAAGAGUUUGAACAAUACAUUCACUCUACAACUUAUGGUGCAGAUCAGCAGUUAACUUUAAAAAAAUAACUGGAAAGUCCCAAGUUUAUUCAAAAACCAAUUGAAACAUAACUUAACAAAAAAAUGAGUAAAACAUAUUUAAAAUGUUUAAUAAUCAAGUUGGAAUGACAAAGAAAUGGGCACUUAGUACUUGUAUUCUUACACCACCCAUUGCUCACGUUUAUGUUACUAUGUGCAUCCGGUUUUGUUAUCUGGCAUUCUGUCUUUUAUGUUUUUAAAAAAGAUUCAUGAGUUCAGUUUGCCUUGAUGAUCAUAGGCUCAACUUGCUGCUUAGUGAUAUUAGAAGGGACUUGAUGAAGGGAACGUAUGUUUUUGAAGGAGAUAUUGUUUAUUGCGAAAAGUCGGAACAUAUGUAUACUGUGAGACGAGUCCAGUGAUGUCUAUAGCUCUCACAUGCAUCACUCUCCUUAUUUGAGUACAAUGAAUAGUUUGAUAGGAUUCUGCCAUUCACCAAAUAUGGAAGCAUUUAUGAUGUGCUUUCAAAAAUUUGAUGUGUUUACAAAUUCUUUGAUAAAAUAUAUUAAAUUCAUAAAGACCAUAUUACAAGUUUGUUAAUAUAAAAAUAUACUCCCUCCGUUUCAUAUCAAGCGUCGUUUUAGAGAAUUUUUUUCGUUACAAAAUAAGUGUCGUUUUCGAUUUUCAAUGCAAAAUUUAUUAAUUUUAUGCAAAAUUUAUUUUUCUAUUGGUUGAAAUAUGGUUAGGUGUAUAGGUAAUAGUGUUUUUUUUAUAGGAAGUGUAAAAAAUAAUUUGUUUCCUUAAUUUGUGUGCCGAAACCUAAAACGGCAUCAAACAGAGGGAGUAUAAACUAUGUUUUCGUAUUCUUCUGGUUCCAUCAUCUAUUUUCCAAAAUAAGAUUCUACAGUUUCCUAACAUUUUUUUUCAUUAAAUAUAGUUACAUAAUUUCUUGUCAAACAUGUUUUUUCUGUCAGGAAAAUAAUUCUAUAAUACUUUUUCCAAAUGUGAAUAUGUAGCUCGUUCUCUAAUGUUUUCUACCAAAACACUAUUGAAAAUAUCUAUCAAAAUUUAUUUGUAUGUCCUGAAAGUAUAUUUUCCAACGAAAAUAUAAUUCUGUGUUAAUGGGUCUGAUUGGUAAGGGCUGUAGCUUUAAAAAAUUUGCUGUAGAAAAAAAUUUGUAGACUUUUUGUUGUGGCUUUAGAUUUUAUUGCUGUAGAAUUUUAUGGAAAGCACUAAAAAAUUGCUUUGGAUAUUUGGCUCUGCAGAGCACUUGUACAGCUGUAGGUUAUUUCAAGAGCCGUGGUUUUAAAAAAGCUUGAUUGCUCUGAAUUUGGUGCUUUAUAAAUAAAUAGGGCUGUAGACAGCAUCUACAGCAACUACCAAUCACCCCCAAUGUGUUAUAUAAUAAAAGAGUUUUUCUUAGGCUCACCCUCUACGAUAAAUCUAUAUGUUCACCGACCAAUAAUAUUUAGUUGUAUUAUGUUUUUAAAAUAAAUAAAAAUAGUUGUAAUUACCAAAUUUGUUUUUUAAAUAUUGUUAACGCCGUCAGUAAAAUACUAAACUCCAAACCCUAAAUCAUAAGUCCUAAACCCUUGGAUAAAAAAUCCUAAAUCCUAGGGUUUAUGAUUUAUCUAUGAGUUUAGGGUUUGGUUUAGGGUUUAGGAUUAAAAAUUCAUGGUUUAUCCAAAGGUUUAUGAUUUAGUGUUUAGUAUUUUAUGAUGGCGUACACAAUAUUAAAAAAAAAAAUCUUUUUUGGUAAGUACUAUUAAUUUUAUUAUUUAAAAAUAUAGUAUAACUUUACAAAUUUUUAUUAUUUAAAAAAAAAAUAUAUAUUGAAUCUAAAUAACUAAAUACUAUUGGUUGCUGAACUUACAUGUUAUAUGUUCUAGGGUGAACCCAAGAAAAACUCAUAAUAAAAAUGUUAUCCACCUUCCCACCAAAAAUGUUAUUCUUUAUUUUGUUUUCCGUUACUAAGAAUAUUUUAUGUUAAAAACAUAGGCUACAUUUGGUCGUAAAAUAACAUUUUUCAUUUUUCUCAUAAAAUUUUUUCUGUCUGUUUUCAACUAAAAAUAUUCUUUUACGAUCGAUGUCUAUCAAAAUUGUAGUUUUCGUACUUUUCUGGAAAAAUGUAUUUUUUAAUAAAAAUAUUCUAUUUUCCCCCAAAUUAUUUCUCAACUAAAAAAAAACACCGGAAGUGAUUGGUUGGACGGUAGAUACCAACUUUAUAUUUAACUUUUAUCUAUCUAAAAAUAUCAAUCAUUCUUUAAAUCAAUUUCUAAAGAUACAAUAAAAAAAGGCGGUAAAACUCCUAUUUUUAAAAGCAAUAUUUUAUAUGUUGUAGGAAAAAUAUACAACUACAACAGAUAAAUCUAAAACAAAAAUUAUAUAACCAAAUUUAUACAGAGAAAAAAAUUUAAAGCUAUAUUCCAACCAAUCAUUCCCAUUUUUUUUCUUUGACCAAAAUAAUAAAUUGCAUUUUUGCUCUACAUUUUCCGUCAAUAGUAAGACUGCAUUAUUUCUUUAACUAUAUAUAUAUAAUUUUUUUAGAAAAUAAAAGCGAUAAAUGAAAUUUAAUUUUUAUCAAUAACUAUAAAUUUAAUAUCUUUUUUUAUAACACUUGCUCUAUAUUGGAGAUCCAUAGACCAUAGGUACAUAAGAUGGUAUGUCAAAACAUUUUUUUUCUUUUUUGCAACAAACAGCUAUUUUAUUACUCAAACUUGAGGUGGUCUGGGUAACCAGACCGGAAUAAAACAACCAAUAAAACAAAGAAAUCUAUGAAAGGAACGGGCAUUCCUAGCUAGCGAAUCAACAAUCUCAUUUUGCGUCCUUGGGAAAUAGCUGAUCUUGAAGUCCUUGUGUCCUUGAACGACCUCCAGCUCAGUUGAGAAGUUUAGCCAAACUUUUGGGUCCACUAUCAUUGCAAUCAGGUCCUUGCAGUCUGUCCCAAAUCUCUGACAGGUCGAAUGUUGUAUCAUGCUCUCCAUUGCCUAUUUUAACGCUUCCAGUUUCGAGUGUAAUGCUGCCUCACGCCUCCUCAUGUUCCGUGACCCCAUAAGUUGAAUCUUCCCCAUGCGAUAUUUCCAAACCCAUCCAAAUCCACUAAAUUGAGCUGUGGAGGUUCAUGAGCCAUCCACCAUACAAAUAUUACCCAAGCUUAAGGCUUGUGCUUCUUCAACAAUUUGUGCCCGUUGAAGAACAUGUAUGCUAUCCUUUGCAUUAUACCAAGCUUGGCAUUCACUCUCUGCAUAUCUGACUAAUUCCAAUGGGUCUCUGUCUAUACCUCUAAAUAGCUCAUCAUUUGUAGCCUUCCAUAUAUACCAGAUUAUCCAAGGAUAAGGAUCUUUGUCAUCUUCUGGCUUCAUAAUAUUAUUUUUCCUCCAGAGAUAGUCCAUAUUGGCGUAUAUACUCAAUACAAGCAAAGUCUGAGAGCUUGACAGUGUCGAUGAUAAUGUCCACGCUUGUAAAGCUGGCGGGCAUUCGAAGAUCGCAUGAGUAACAGUUUCUUAUGACUCUCCACAUCUUGGACAAUAGUUAUCACAUCGUAUAUUACGGCGUACCAGAUUCCUUGUUAGUGCUACCUGUCCUGAAAUUAAUUACUAUAUAAGAUGAAAAAUCUUUUAUGGUGCAUUAACUUCCCAAGCAAAGAUUUGAAGUUUGGUCAAAUUGGGUUGCAG